AUGCGGGGCCUGGAGGGGCCGGGCCGCCUCCGACCCCAUGGCCCCCUGGGGCAGCGGCUGGGCAGCCUCGCCAUCUUCACCCGCGACGACUUCGAGGGCGCCUGGCGCCUUGUGGCUCGCGGCGGCUUCGGCCUGCGCUCCAGGUGCAGCGAGUCCGCAGUCAAGGCCCCCCCAUGCCUUAAGCCUGACGCCGCCAGCUGCCAUGUGGAGCUUCUCAUUGAAGAAGCAGCCGAAAUGGAGAAGAUCAAAUUUCUGCACAUCAUGUCCAUCUACGUGUGCGGGGAGCCCCUGGACAUGGUGAUGGAGUUCAUGGCCAGCGGCUCCCUGGAGAAGAUGGUGCCCACACACAGCCUCUCCCGGCAGCCCAAGUUCCACAUCACCCCUGAGACCAGCCUGACCUUGAGGUUUCUCCAUAGCAUCAAGCCACCCCUGUUCUACCGGGACCUCAAGCCAGGCAACCUCCUUCCAGAUAGCAACAUGUAAGGUAAAGGCCCGAUUUCGGACUUUGGCCUGUCCAAGUGGAUGGAACAGUCCAUCCAGAUGCAGUACACGGAGGGGUCAGCGCUGUGGGGCACCAUCAGCUACAGCCCCCCUGAGAUGUCCCUGGAAGGUAACAAGGCCGUAGGACCUAAGUACGAUGUGUGCAGCUUUGGGAUCCUCAUCUGGGAAUCCUACGGCGCAUCAGGCCAGACAAGAACCUGGGGAGCAGAGCCUCACUCAGAAGAAACCGUAUUCAGGCAGGAGAUGGUGUGGCAGCCUCGGCCUGUCUCAGACGAGUGGCCAGGUGGGGCCCAGAAGACAAUAAAUGAGGAGAUGCUGUGGGAUUGGGACCCCAAGAAGAGGCUCUGCUCCCCAGACAUCACAGUUGAGACAGACAUACUGCUGCCCCUGUUCCAGGGUCCUAUGGCAGACCCCGAGAGCAAGGCUGUCCAGGACGUCAGUGUUGAGGUCAGCCAAGAGCUAACAGACAGGGACUCUGGAGACUACUUGAAGCGCGUCCGGACGAGGAGCAGCAUGGCUGUGAGAACAGUCACUCCCCUCACUUCCCAGUGGUGCGGGGCACAGGUGAGGCUGCUGCUAGCUCAUGAGGUCCACAUGGACGGCCCGAGCACCUGCGGCUACACGCUCCUCCUCAUCGCCACGCAGGACCAGCAGCCCAACCUCUGUGCCCUGCUCCUGCAGCACGGGGCGGACGCCAAGCUGGCAGAGGAGGACAGCUGGGUGCCGCUGCCCUUUGUAGCCCAGAGCAGUGGUGACAGCUCUGCCUCCCACCCCCCGGACCACGGGGGCCCAUGUGGGUGCCCAGGAGCACGAGGGUGGACCCUGCCCCACCUGGCCACACAGAACACCUCUGAGAAUGUGGCACGGCUUCUGGCCUCCCGUCAAGCUGACCCCAACCUGCAUGAGGCCGAGGGUAGGACCCCUCUGCACGUGGCUGCCUACUUCGGCCACGCCAGCCUGGUCAAGCUGCCGAGGGGCCAGGGGGCCGAGCGAGCCCAGCAGAGAAACCUGAGGAUGCCUCUGCCCCUGGCGGUGGAGCGAGGCGAAGUGAGGGCCAUCCGGCUCCUGCUGAAAAGUGGGGCAGCUCCUGAUGCCCUUGACCGGAAGACAGCAGCCACCAGGGGUAAGUGCCUGGCCUGGGAGGUGCUGCUCAGGGACGGGACCGGCUUCGAGCUACUAGGGCGGCAGGGCUGGACCCCCCUGCACCUCGCGGCCUACAAGGGCCCCUUGGAGGUUGUCCACCUACUGGUAGAGAGGCAGGUGAACGUGGGAGCUCCCAGAGGCAUGAAGGGGACACUGCACCUAGCUGCCCACCACGGGGAGGAGCUGGUGGCGUGGGCGCUGCUGUGGUGUGACGCUGACCCCAGUGCGGCCAUGGGGAGCUGGACACCUCUCCACCUGGCCAUCCAGAGGGGUGUCUUCCUGAGCAUCCUCAGCCUCCUGGAGCACCACGCAGAUACCCCUGCCCGCAGCAAGGUGGUGAUGCCAGCCCACCUAAAAGCCCUCAAGGGCACAUGGCCAUCCCCAAAGGCUGCUCUCGCUGGUGCCUGGCUGGGCAUCCGGGACAGGGCGAGCUGUGCACCCCCACAGCUGGCCCUCCGGAGCCAAAAGCAGAGCACAAUCACCCUCCUGGUGGGCAAGGAGCCCUCCUCACUGGCCCUUCUGGGUGAUGGUGAGCCAGGAGCCCAGGCAGAAAGCCAGACAACGGGGGGGGGGGGGCUUCCUGGGAGCCACGUGGUGGGCCCACCUCCACAUGUGGUCCUGCUGGGCUGGACUAGGGCCUCCUGUCCGCAUGGGACCAAGGCGUGCCACGUCAUUGUCGUCACCUACGUGACCAGUGUCCCAACCCCCAGCCAGGGCUCUGCUAUGGAGAAUGUGCAGUUUGUGCAGCUGUAG